UGGUUAUGUUAUAAAUCCAGGAGGAGGCAUUCCUAUCUAAUAGCAAUGGGGUCCAACUUCCUUAAUAAGUGACGUCAAAGGAGCCGCGAUCAGCGCGCAUGCGCGGCAAAGCAGAGCGGCAGCCGCAGCACGGAGCGGUGUGCGAAACAACAGCAGACAUGGCAAGAGAUGGCGAGGGACGCGAGCACACCGACACCAUGCACUACUGAAGGGACGGGGGCCAUAACAUUUCCAAAAAAUUACAAAACUUUAUAAAACCGAAAAAGGAGAGAAAAAACAAUCAGAAAACAACGCAAGGAAAAUUACUCAAGAUAAUAACAGAACUUUUCCAAUGAGAGCACUUCUGUGUACACUGCUCCGCUAUAUCAGAUAGAUGAUUUGUCCACACGCUUGCACGUAUAAUGAACGCCCAGCUGUCGAUGGAGAACAUUGGCGAUCUGCACGGAGUGAGCCAUGAAAGCGCGGCGGAUCUCAUGACCGGAGACAGCGCUCAUCACAGGAGCCAUCGGAGCAGUCUGGCAGCCCAUGCGCGCUCCAUGGGCAUGGCAUCAAUCCUGGACAGCGGCGACUAUCAUCACCACCGGCCCCCGGAGCACCCCGGGCUCGCCACGCACCUGCACCCGGCUAUGAGCAUGGCGUGCGAGGCUCCCCACGGGAUGAGCAUGAGCAGCACUUACACCACCCUCACCCCGCUGCAGUCCUUACCGCCCAUCUCCACCGUCUCCGACAAAUUCCCGCACCACCAUCAUCACCACCACCACCAUCAUCACCCGCACCAAAGGAUCCCGGGGAACGUCAGCGGGAGCUUCACCUUGAUGAGGGACGAUAGGGGUCUGGCCCCAAUGAACAACCUCUACUCUCCCUACCACAAGGAUGUGGCCAGCAUGGGACAGAGCCUUUCACCGCUGUCUGGAUCCGGACUGAGCGGAAUUCACAACUCCCAGCAGGGGCUGCCGCCCUACGCGCACCCCGGGGCCACAAUGCCCGCCGAGAAGAUGCUCACACCCAACGGAUUCGAGGCACACCACCCCGCGAUGUUGGCUCGACACGGGGAGCAGCACAUGAGCGCGUCUUCGGCGAGCAUGGUGUCGAUCAACGGCAUCCACCAUCACCCGCACACCCAUCUCAACGUCCAGGGCCACGGGCAGGUGCUGGGCUCCACUCGGGAGCUGAACCACUCAUCCGCGCCCGGAUCGCAGCUCAACAACGGCAGCAGUUCGGGACAGAUGGAAGAGGUAAAUACCAAAGAAGUGGCACAGAGGAUCACCACGGAACUGAAAAGAUACAGCAUCCCACAGGCCAUCUUCGCUCAGAGGGUACUGUGCCGCUCGCAAGGGACGCUCUCGGACCUGCUCCGGAACCCUAAGCCCUGGAGCAAACUUAAGUCUGGCCGGGAAACCUUCCGCAGGAUGUGGAAAUGGUUGCAGGAGCCUGAGUUCCAGAGAAUGUCCGCGCUCAGGCUCGCAGGUGAGAGAACAAUAGCAUGCAAGAGAAAGGAGCAAGAGCAUGGUAAGAGUGAGCGAGGGAGCAUCUCCAAGAAGCCCCGGCUGGUCUUCACUGAUGUUCAGCGUCGGACUUUACAUGCAAUAUUCAAAGAGAACAAGCGACCAUCCAAAGAGUUACAAAUUACCAUCUCUCAGCAGCUGGGCCUGGAGCUCACCACCGUCAGCAACUUCUUCAUGAACGCGCGUCGACGGAGCCUCGAUAAGUGGCUGGAUGACUGCAGCUCCAACUCGGCCAACUCCUCCUCCUCCAGCACUUGUACCAAAGCAUGAUGGAGUAGUGGCUGCAUCAUGGAAAAAAAAGAAAAGAAAAAAAUCUUCGGUGGAAAAGCUUUAAAUAAGGAAACGAGACAAUUUUAGACAGCGUUUGCCCUUAAAACUUGUACAGUACUGAUAUUUAUAAUAUCCAAAGAAAAACACCAAAGACUGCUUUGACUCCCAUUUAGGACUUUCUUCGUUUAUGUCUGACAUUCUGCAAAAAACAAAAAAGAAGAAGAAGAAGUUACACACCAAUCACUGGUCGUUCCUCAUCUCAACACACUCCCCUAACCUGCGUCUUUCUUUCUCAUGUGAUCAGUUGCUUUCAAAGACUUUUUCUCAUCAAUGUUUGCUCAUUAUCUUGAACGUGGAGUGAUUGUUAUUCACUCUGAUGUCAGAUUCCAGAUUUUGCGACGUCAUUGAGGGUGUAAAGACCUGACGUCAUGCAUUCACCUCUACUGGCAUCCCAGAUCUAGCCAAAGAUAAUCAGGUGGUGGUGUAGAAUCUUGACAAAGGUUGCCUGAAUGUCCCCCUCAGGAUAGUGCUUUCUUCCUAAUUGUUGGAAAAGUUACAUUGGAACCUAAAAAUACAUGUGAACUUGCCAUCUUCACUACUUAUCAAUCGCAGAUGGUAUAACCAAAGAAAAACACAUGUAUUUUGUUUUGUUUAGACUUUUUAAAUCAGGCCAGACUUUAUUUAUUCCCCUUAAUAAACCCCAUGACCUUUCUAAUCAGGUAACUCAGUAAAUGUAACAUGGACUGUGGAUUCUGUAGCCAUUUAACGUAUAAUUUGUUUUCCUGUUUGUCCUAAAACAAGCUCAAUCAGUAGCCAAACAUGUCUCUAUGAGGACACAUCUGUGCCCGCACCCCAUUCCUUUCUCGUGAUUAUUUCAGGGAGAUUUUUGCUAGCUUUAACCUGCCUUUUUACCUGAAUUUUAAAUAUUUCAAUGCCAGUUGCUGAAAACCAAAGAUAAACUUACACUAACCAGCACCGUUUUACACCCAUAUCCGUCAGUCAAACACAGCUUUUAAGUAGAGUUUUGCAGACUCAAUUAUUAGUCUGCAAAACACUUUAAUGAGCCUGAAGAGAUGUCUGGGCGAAAAAACUCAACACAGGGUUUUCAUCGUUUGUCAUAAUUAGCUUCGUCUGGAGCAAAUGCACAUGCAUGUUAAUUGUCAUUAGAGGAAGAUGGAGGAAAUCCAAGUUGUUUUGUGUUACAUUUCAUUUCAAACUUUCAUUGCAUACAAUCAGAUUUCUCAUCUUUAUAAUGUUAAUGUACAAAAAAAAAAUGUUUGAUUGACUGGUUGCUGUCAGCAUGCUUUCACAAACCCAUAUGCCAUGAUCUGUCAUAUUAGAUACAUUGGGCUCAUUUUCCAUUAAGAUCAUGAUAGAAGGCUAUUUCUUUGCCUAAUGCAUAAUUUUCACUUCAUCGACUAUCAACACCACCGCAGUGUCCCCAUCCGAACCCAAUACUCCAGUUAGAGAGAGCGAGCGCAUUCUAUGCAUUUCACAACUAGGAAGAAAGCAUUAUGGGGACUGAAGCAGGGUGAUGCAUUUGCUUCAAAUCAUAAACUCACUCAAACUCACAAGACAUCUGGCCUUGUUGUCUCUUGUGGUGUGUUCUAGCUUUAAAAAUAUAUUUGGUAUUUACAACUAUUACAACAUUGAAGCAUAUAUAAAAGAGUGCUGCUUCCUCAUGUAGAAAAGAAGAAGAAAAUGACCAAAAAAAAAACAUGUUAAGACCUGCUGAUAUUUAUAGUGUGAACCAAAGAUGCUACCUCAGUCCGUUUCCAUUCGUACUUUUUAUCAAUGUAAUGAUACCAAAGAAUACCAAAGAUUUGUUCUCUUUGCACGGCCUAAAUGAAUGAUAAGGUGGAUGGAUAGAUGGAUAGAUGGUGUGUUUCCACUCCUUUCCCCCGUUUCCUUCUCUCCUUCGCUCUGAUGUUCUCUACCACUCAUCCGUUCUCACAUAACAGUGCCCUCGGCAGACAUGUGUUAAACUCACAGGACGAGUGCCUUGCUUGAACCAAAGUGUUAAACCACCGUUGACCUCUCGACACCCACCUUUUAACUCUCGGAAUACCUCAGCCUGUGGAAGGGCCACUGAUGAAGAAAAAAAAAAUGGAAUAUUUCUUCUCUCUCACCGUGGUGCUUUUGCCAGUGCAACCAUGCAAUGAAAACAUACCAAAGGAAUUUCUCUCGCUUUCUCCAACUCUUGCUGACAAACCAAAGCUCCUGCCACCUCCCUUUCAAACGCCCUGCCAAAUCUGCCACUUGCCCCGCCCCCUCACCACGUCACCCGUGGCUGUGUCCCCCGAUUAGGCCGUGCACGUCUUUACCAAUAUCUGAAUACCUCAUAGUAAUAAAUUUUCACAGUUCUGUUGUAUAGAGAGUUUAUGUGAUUAAGGCAGAACUGAACUAGUUUGGUAAUCAUUGACGUGACUUCGGGGGGAAAAAAAAGCUUUAUGAGUAUUUAUUUUGAUGGUUUUGGCUAAAGUGCUCUGUUUUGGUCCCCAAAGGCGAGUUUCUGUGAUAACAGACUGAAACUUGCAGGAAGGAAAAGAAGCUUAUUUUUUAUUAAAGCCUUGUGUUAUUCUGAUACUCUAAGGAUGUUUGACUGUUCUUUUUUUUUAACAGGGUAAAACCAACUGCUGUGAUUCUGAGUCUAUUCGUUCACUUUCUUCUACUACUGCGUUUGUGGUUUCUGUUAAUUUAAUUGCAUUUUUGUAUCACUUAACCUAUGUUUUAAUUUAUGUAUUUGUAGAAAAUAUAGAUUUGUACAUAGUAGUUUUUUGGGGAAAAACAAAACAAACAAACAAACAAAAAAAAUGGACAUUUAUUUUAUUUUACAGUCUGAGGUGUAGAUAUAUUGAUGAAUUUCCAUUCCUCUGUGUUUGUAUGAUAGAUGGCACUUUGGCCCAUGUACUAAUGUACUGCUAGAGAUCUGAACGGUCCGUUCACAGAGACCUCCGGGGGGAAAUAAGCAGUGUAUGAUGUUUUUAUUUGAAUUUGUUUUUGUUUUUUUAUUUAAAUGUCCAGAAUGUUUUUGUCUUUUGUAUUUCAAAUCAUUGAUUUAUUGGUAUUGCCGCACAUCCAAAGAUUUUCUAACCAAAACCAAAGAAAGAAAGUAGUGUGAUUUUUGCAUAAGCACUGGCGUUUGUGAGGUCAAUUCCUGUCUGCCUGGAUAUGAAUCAGUAUAGGCCAUAGUGGGACAAUGUAGACAUGCUUAGUUCAACUUUUUGGAGGCAUAUACUGCUAAACAGUAUAAUCUGUGACUUUUGGGACAGAGGGCUACAAGUCCUGCUCUAUUUGUUGUGUCAGACACUGAGUGGGUGGAGCGUGGGCGGGGCAGCAGGUCUGCCGUGGGCGGGGCCACAUCACUGGGUUGUUUUUUAAUUGAUGUGGCACUGCUGCCUAGAUCCAUCUGAAAUGUCAAUUUUGGUUCGAACGUGUGUACUGACAAUGAGCAAAGUCUAAUAAAUCCGCACAGAAAACAGAAAUUGGUGUUUGCAUGUAUGGGGAGGGUGGAAGUUUGAGUCUAAUAGUGAUGGUUUAAUUUCUGGUCCAUUAGCAGCACCAAACAGAAUUGCAGGGGUAGAUUACUGGGAUAGAACUGUGUUUAUUACUAUUUAAUGUUGAGGUAACUCAAAACAUGUGCUAUUAUAUCACCAUGAUUUUGUCAUUUAUAUGCUGUUUGCAAAACUUUUGAUUUAUCAGAAUGAGCAGCUACUUUUAAACAGAAAACGCUUUGUUCAUAGAUAAUGCCAAAAUAUUGAAUCUGGACCCCCAGAAUCGGAUGAACUGUCCUGCCUGUAAAUACACCGCAUUGUUUCAACCUGUACUAUUUCAGCAAACAGAUUCCCUUUCUGUUUGAUGUUGCUAAUGGCUCAGACAUUAUAGGAUUUUGUUCACCUGAAUGACUGGGUGCUCUGUAUGUCUGCUUAGGAUGGACAGCUUGGAAACAUCAUGAAAAUAAAAAUGAUGCAGACUGAUGUCCCCUAGCAGGAUUGAAGAGAAAGCCCGUGAUAGCAGAGCUUUUCUUCUUGCUAUGCUGUACAAUCAGAGUUGUUUCAUUUGUUGCAUUAGGUCUGCUUUCCGUGGGCUCCCUAUGUCGCAAGGUUGUUAGCAUUUAUGGUUUUUUGUUUAUUUUUAAAACAGCAUAUAUCAAGCCCUACUGUGAGCCAAGAGCCUCUCUGCCCAGAAUCCCUCCUACACCACGGUGAAAGACCCAGAAUUGUUCACCCAAAACAUCACAGCAGCUCUCUGCUUCAGAAUUCUCACCCCUUCUGUUUCCAAACCCUACACUCCGUCCCGACCCACCCCUCUAAUGUAGUGUCUAGCUUAGAUAGAUCGAUGUAUGUGAAUGUUGGGAUUGCUCUAAUCAUUAAUUCCUAUCCCAGUUGGUUGUCGUGGAAAAGGAGUUCCUAUUUGAUAGAAAGGCUUGGCUCUGUGUGCCGUAUAAUACUGAGAGCGCCUAAGACAAUCAGCUGGAAAACAAAAUCAUGUUUUUCAUUUUUUUAUAUUUAUUUAUUUUUUGUAGGUCCAAGAGGGACUACUUCCAGCGAUAAUUAUUAUAAAGAAGGAGGAGGGUUUUGAUAAACUGAAAAAUACACAUGCUGACAUUUUCUUUCUCAAAAGUAGUUCUUGUUUACAUUUCGAACAGUGCAUCUUCUGUUUUUACACUUUUCUUUUUCUUCUGUUUUUCUCUAGGCCUGUUUUCUCUGUAUGUUGUGUCUGUUUCAGUGGAGGAAUGCAGUAGGUAUUACUCUCAGGUUGUAAUGCAUCAUGCUUUUCAUCUAUCAAAUAGUUUAUUUUUUAUUUUAUUUUUUAUUUUUUUCUUCUUUCCUGUUAACUACUGUUCUCUAUGCCGUGCAAUAUCAUCUUCUGUGUUUGCUAAGCAAGAAAAAAAAAGAACAAAAAAAAAAGACGCAAGUAAUGAUGUCACCAUGCUUUUUUCAGUGUUAAAAUGUUUCAGCAUUUCUGUAGUCACAAAAAUGUAGAAAAUAAAAAGGUUGGGUUUUCCAGCAAAUCACAACCAGACUUCUUGACU